AUGUCUGCUCCGGAUACCGAUUCUCCUAUGGCCUCCUCCUCGUCACUAGUGGAGUCUGCGGACAGUGCGCAUCGGCGAGAGAGGUCGAUGAUUGCAGCGCAGGCCUGCCAAACUUGCCGAAACAGAAAGAGUAAAUGUGACGAACAACGUCCCAAAUGCUCCCUCUGUCGCAGGCUCAAUGUCGACUGCAUAUAUCGCGAACCACUGCCAACAAAGAAGGACAAGACCAUGGUACACAUUCUGGACACGUUGACGCGGCUGGAGAACAAGUUUGACAAUCUCUCACUAUCUGCUGGCGCAAGUACUCCAGAAACAAGCGGAUCUGGACCUCACGCUACCCCUAGCUCGACUGAGCGCUUGUACAGGACCGAUGGCCAGAUUACUGCUGGCGGUGGCCCACGCUUCCCAAACGAGCUCCAACCAGACAUGAAUCAUCUCACUGUUCCGCACAAGAUCAUUCUGUGGCCAAGCAUUUACAUCCAUUUGAUCAAUUCCGACAUAUCGGCGGCAUCUGAUCUGCAGUAUGUGCUCCAGGAAGGAACUCCUUGGCUCAUCCGACAGGAAAUGGCGCACGACAAAUGUAAGCUUCCUACGAAUGUCGGGCUCGAAAGCUAUCCCUUGAACACUCGAUCGCAAGAUAUGUCCAGGGUUGGAUUUCGGAGUAUGACUAUGCAACGAAUGCAUGAGUACUGCGACGGCUACUUCAACACAUUCAACGUCAUUGCCCCGAUCCUGAACCGAGACACGUUUUUGGCCGAGACAAUGUCGGUGGUCUCGCAACAGGGCUUCAGCGAAGGCGAUCAACCAUCAGUGCUAGCUCUUCUCGUACUAGCAUUGGGACAACUUGCAAUUGAGGGUGUUUUUGAACGUCCAGUCAGCAUGGUCAAUGGCAUUGCAAGCGGUCUGCGGGGCGGCACCAUCGACAAUCCUCCUGGUAUCGAGAUCUUCAACGAAGCGCGACGGAGACUAGGGUUCAUAAGCACCAAGAUGACUCUCGAAAGCGUGCAGAUACACUUGCUUCUUGCGACCUACUACGAGGCCAACGGACGACAUCUCGAUUUUUGGCGAGCUACGACUAUGGCUUCGAUGGCAUGUAAGGUGUUGAUCAAAUGCCAGUCGGUGGACUGGCAGACUAACUAUGGCGAUCUGUGCAAGCGGGCAUAUUGGGCCUGCGUGCUCAACGAGGAUCUUUACCAUCUGGAUCUGGACUUACCGCAGACUCUCGUACAGAGCCUGGAGGAUAUAGUUCCAUUGCCAUACUUCCACGAAGGGCAGGAGGGGAUGGCAUCGGGCAGCACACAAAUGGGAGAUGAAAGGUCCCAUUUCCAAUAUCACUUCCUUGCGAUGAUAGCACUACGGCGCCUCAUCUCCAGGAUUCACGAAGUGGUCCACGAAUCCUCUUCACCGCAUCAAUCUGAGUCCACCGACGAAUACCACGGACCUCCUGUGACUGUGAUUCGCGAGAUGGCGAGACAGCUCGAAUCGUGGCGAUCAUUGUUACCGCGCCCCCUUCAAUGGCAAGACAGCGACAAGCUCGAUUUCCCGAACCUCGAUCCCUCAGCACGCAGACCUAAUGGUGCCCUUUUCUCGCCCGACCAAGGCCCUGUACCGAUUGGACACAAAUACAAUCUGGACGUGGUGACAGCACAGCUCAGGACCCGCUUUUACUACGCGCGUUUCAUUCUGUACCGACCGUUCGUGUACAAAGCAUUGCACUUCCCGGAGCUCAUGACCUCUGAUGACGCAUCGUGCUGUGCACUCGCCAUCAAGUCGACCUUCUUCUGGCCAGUCUGUAUGUCGCCACCCAAGAACAAGAAACGGCUGGUGCCACACUUGUUCGCGUGGACUCAGAAUCUUAUGAGCAUACUGCUAAUACUGCGCAUGACAACGGAAAGCGAUUGUCUGAAGCGCAUUUGUGAUGAGAACGUCGAUCGAGAUGAAAUACAACAAGCAGUCAGUCUCAUGCUGGAAUGGAUGGCGGAUAUUCGACAAAUUGAUGGCAUCGCAGACUGGUCAUGGAAGCUCAUCGAGCCCCUGUAUUCUGGACGACAAUGA